GAAUCGGACUUGCCGAUUGGAUCCAUCGCAUGCCACACACUUUACCCUUUUUUCCGCUGGGCUUCGGUUCAUCAUAGUUCGCUAAAGUCUCUUCGGCAACCGUUUUGAUGGUGGAGUUAAACUAACCUGGAAUGGCACCUACUACGGAGUCCAGGAUGAACAUGGAGAACCUGAGCAAGGCCGAACUGCUGAUGCUCUUCAGCGUCCUGGAGGGAGAGUUGGAGGCGCGCGACCUGGUCAUCGAGGCCCUCCGAGCCCAGCACAGGAACACGUACGUCCGGGAGCGCUACGGGAAGUUCAACCUGAGUGACCCCUUCCUGGCGCUGCAGAGGGACGGCGAGGCGCUGCGCGGCCCCAGGGCGGGGCCCUCGCUGGGGGAGCCGGCCGUGCACCCUGACCCCCUGACCGUGCUGAAGCUGGUGGUGGGACACUGCCGCCGCAUGCAGGAGAAGAUGCUGGCGCAGCUGGCUGCUGCCGAGAGCCGGCACCGCAGGGUCAUCGCGGACCUGGAGGAGGAGAGGCGCCGGCACGCAGAGGACACGGCCGAGGGUGACGACGUCACGUGCAUCCUGGAGAAGGAGCGAGAGCGUCUGCAGCAGCAGCUGGAGUUUGAGCGCGGCCAGUCGCGUCGUCUGGAGCGCGAUCACCGGCGGCUGCAGGAGCAGCUGGACGAGGAGCGCGGGCAGCACAAGCAGCUGGCGUCAGCGCUGGCCCGCGAGUGCCAGCGGGCGGGUGCGCGCGCCCAGGAGGAGGCCCAGCGGGCGGCCGAGGCCUCGCGGCGCCUGGAGCGCGAGCGCGGCGCCACCCAGGGCCUGCGGGCGCAGCUGGAGGCCGAGCACAAGCGGGCGCUGCAGACGGAGGCGCGCGCCGAGGAGCAGCUGGCCGAGGUGGACACGGAGCGCGAGCAGCUGCGGGCGCGACUCCGCCGCGAGGAGGCCCAGGGACGGACGCUGCAGCAGGAGCUGGAGAGGCUGAGGGGGGAGCUGGAGGAGGCACUGAGGCCGGAGGUGAGGUCAGUGAACACACAGAUGGACGUGACCUCACAGCAGCAGCAGCAACAGGGAGAGGAAGAGGAGGUCCCCAAGAUGAAUGGCCACCAUACUGCACAGGAGCAGGAGGAGGAGGAGGAGGAGGAGGAGAAAGACAACGGCGCGCAGGAGAACGGGCACCUGGAGAGCCGCUCUUGUGUGCCUCUGCACGCGCAGCAGAACCUGGGUCAGUCUUCGCUCAAUGCCUCCCCGUGCUCAUCUCCCCUGUUGGUCAAGCGGGCGGGCCGGGCAUCCCCGUCUUCAUCUGCGCCCGGUGCCACCACUGCUACGUCCGGUGCAUCCCCCGGUGGUGCCAACUCAGCCAGCCUGCAGUCCUCCUACCAGGCUGGCAUCCACCAGCGCUUCCACGCUGCCCGCCACAAGUUCCAGGGCCUCCCGGACCCCGAGUCCCAGUCUCCGCCUCAGACGGGCUCCCCUUGCUCCCCGCGGGCACUGUCGCCCUGCGGCACUCCGUCCCCCGAAGCCAGCCCAUCCCGGCAGAUGGCCCGGAGCACCGUGACCCAGGUCCUGUCCCGCUUCACCCUGCCGCAGCCGCAGCAGCAAGCGGGUACAGCCAAGCCCGCCGCCACCGCUGCCCCCAACAGCUCCCCGUUUGGCAUGGACUACCGCAACGUGGCGCCCAGCUCGCCCUCCCUCUCGUCCUCCUCGCGGGUGCCCAUCGGCGCCCUCUCACCCGGCAUCCGCUCGCCCACCAUCCCCAGGGCUGACCGGGGCAACCCGCCGCCCAUCCCGCCCAAGAAGCCAGGCCUGGCGCAGGCCCCGCCGUCGCCGGCCCCCGUGCCCCGCGCCAACCACAACCACUUCGCCGAGCAGCUGUCACCGGCCAGCUGCGGCCUCACCAGCGGCCAGGAUGGGGUCAAAGAGCUGGACAUGGUGGUGUCGUCCAGCGGCUGACCCUGGGUCGUAUUGCACACCCCUUUUCACUCCAUAUGUUGAGUACACGUGUGCGGUCAUGCUCAUGUCAAAGCACAGCGUACCAAAAACACUGUCUUCCAAACCUAUUCUAAGUUAGUUACAGCGACUGUUAUACUAUUGGACUGAAAAUGUUCCAAAAAGAUUAUUGACUAGUGUAUUAUUUUGUAUGAAUAAUUCUCCUAUGCUGCCUUUGUAUGUCUUCCUAGUUAAGCUUAUGUUGGUAUAGGAUUAGCUUUAUUAAAUUUCAUCCUGAAUUAGACAAGGGCAAAAUAAAGUGCAAGUGCCUCUAGCAUCUAUAUUUAUGGUACUGUUGAUAUAUUUGAAUUUAUAUCCAAGAGCUCAUGCCUGGAUGCGCAUCAGGCCUUUUGUGUCUUACCUGCUACAUUAUGCAGUCGACAGGCACAAUAUUUAGCAGGUGGUGCUUAUAGAGCCAAAAAUAAUUCUUAGGAGUAGCAAACAUGAAUUUCCAAAAUUGUUCUAGGCACCUCCUUCCAGAGGUGUGAUAUGUAUCUGCAUUUACAUUCCAUUAUUUGACCAAAUAUUUGUAUUCAUAUGCAGUAGAUUUACUCAAUGACUUGUUAAUCAGAAAUCAAAUGGCUUUAGUGAAUACACUGUAAUGUAUAUUAAUGAAUUGCAUGUUAAACUAUGUUUUUUUCACAGCUAUUUUGUAAUUGUAAAGAUAUGGGAAAAUAGAAAUGAUACCAGGAUGCUGCACAAGUAAACAUCCAUGUUUGAUAAAGAGUUCAGAACACAUUUUUAUAUACUGUAAUUAGACAAAAAGCUUGUUUUAACUUCUUGCAUUUUAUAGUAAUUGCAUAUACAUGCAUACUAAUGUUGUUUGUAUUGCUUUUAUGCUAUGAAAUUUAACAAUAGUGUCUACUUACAGAUGGAAAGGUAUGGCUAUAUAUGUAUAAUAAUUAUGUCACUAUGUCAUAUUCACCAUGAUCAAGUGCAUUUCAGAUCAAAUUCAAAGAAUGCUGUCAAAUCAGGGUCUAGGAAGUCUGAGUUGUGUUGAUGGGUCUGUCAGCAGCUAGUAUAUUCCGCCAUUUUCAAUCAUUACAGUCACAAAAGAUGAGCACUGUAUUGUAAUUGCAUUAUGAUAAUCGGUAGUGAUUGGUCUCUCUUCAAGGGGCAGAAGGAGGGCCUUGUUGGAAGCCUGGAUUGGUGUGGCUGAUUGUAUUAAUGUUGUAUGAAAUUGAUGAUCAAACUUUCACGUGAAUUUUCAAAAUGUGUCCUGUUUUAUUUAAUCAUUAAAGUAGUCGUCUUCUACUACU